AGAGAUAAAGAGAGCCGAAGUUCGUUUCAAAUAUCUGCCCUUCUCUUCACUCGUGUAUGUGCGAGAUCAAAGGCCCGGUCACUUGAGAUGGCUUCCAUAGUUGAGAAGACGCCAGAAGGAAUCAUUUACAAGGCGGCGAGAACAUUCUCCGUCCCGGAUAUCGAUGUGCUGACCCUCCUAUUCGAGUCUAAGCAAUGCAGCAUACCGGAUGAUAAGAUCGUCCACGUAGAUGCGGCAGAUCCCUCAAACUAUCUUACAAAAGCCAAGUUACGACAAAAAUCGAAGAAGUUCGCCCACGUACUGCGUAACCAGUAUGGCAUUGGCGCAAACGGGCCAAGCCAGGAUGCGGUUUUACUGAUUUCAACAGGCCACUUCAUGCUCCCGCUCAUCUUCUACGGCACGGUAGCGGCCGAAGGAAUAUUCUCAUCAUCGAGUCCAUCCGCGACCCCGGAAGAACUUGCGUAUCAGCUCCAGCAGAUUGGGGCGAAGGUUAUAAUCUGCACCGACGAAACUAAGGACGUCGCCAUCACUGCUGCGAACAAGGUAGGCCUGCCCCUGCGACGAGUCCUUUCGUACAAGGGCGAGGCGGAGCUGGAGUUACAUGAAGCGGCGAGCGGGGCCAAGUUGCCGAUCUCGAACCAGGAGCUCCAAUGGCGCCGCAUUACGGACGCCGAUGAGCUCGAAAACGGCAUCGUCUGUCUUUUGUUUUCCAGCGGCACAACGGGCCUGCCAAAGGCGAUGCGACUUUCCCACCGCAAUAUGGUGUCCAGCGCGACUUUGGUACUGGACCCGACCAAAGAAUAUCAUGCUGAACACCAGCCCAGGGGCUUUGAAUACAAAUCCCUAGCGCACUUGCCUGUUGCCCACAUCGCGGGCGUCCAAGGCUACCUGGUAAACUCUGUGUACCAGGGAGGAAUUCUGUACUGGAUGCCACGAUUCGACUUUGCCAAGUUCUGCGAGUACUCCAAGAAGUACAAAUGUACUGUUAUGUUCAGCGUACCUCCGAUUUACCUCAUGAUUUCGAAGUCUCCUUUGGUGACAGAUCACUUUGACAGUUGGGUGGAUGCCAUAGUGGGCGCGGCACCGAUGGGUCAAGGUCUGCAGAUGGAGGUCAGCAAGAAGCUAGGGAAAGGUGGGCCGAUUCUACGGCAGACGUGGGGUCUCAGUGAGACUACAGGUAGUGUCACUACCGUGCCGUUAGAGAUGAGAAACCGAUCACCUGGUUCUGUUGGCUGCCUGGUGGCGAACUGCUCCGCGAGAAUUGUGGAUGACGAGGGAAGAGACGUUGAACCCGGUUCUGAGGGCGAGAUAUUGGUUCAAGGCCCUCUGGUCACCAAGGGAUACUGGAAGAACGAGAAGGCCAAUGAAGAGGCGUUCAAGGACGGCUGGUUCUACACGGGGGAUGUCGGUGCCUUCCGAGACGGAUGGCUGUGGAUUGUUGACCGGAAGAAAGAACUCAUCAAGUAUCAGGGCACUCAAGUUGCGCCCGCGGAGCUCGAGGCGAUCCUGCUGUCCCACCCAAAGAUAAUUGAUGCUGCCAUCAUCGGUGUUCCCGGCAAUGACACAGAGCUUCCACGUGCCUACGUCGUAGCUGAUCCAAAGCAAAUAUCAGGCGAGGAAAUCAAGAGCUUUGUGGCCAAGCAGGUGGCAAAGUAUAAGCAGCUGAGAGGUGGUGUGGUCUUCAUUGCUUCCAUCCCAAAGAGUCCAUCAGGGAAAAUUCUCAGAAAGAACUUGAGAGAUAUGGCCAAGAACGAGGCUCUGUCCUCAAAGUUGUAAUUCAUCCUCUGCCUGAGUUGUCGCUGUUCUACUUUGGGCCGCCCUAGCAAGAACGUUACACACGUGCGUGUUCGUCUCCUUUCAAUACUACUCUUGUUAUAUAAUCCAUUGGGAC